AUGAUCCGAAAGGAAACCGAUAGACCAAGCACAGGUGGCAGGAGGCCACUGCUGGUGACUUUUGUCGGAAACAACCGGCUUAUGUUGAAUGAAAUUCGCGAUAGUCUUAGCCAUCUUCGCAAGCAUGACCUGGAUGGAAGUAGCCCCAUGUCGAACCUCCAGCUGCGGCCUGAGCUGUCGCAGAGCACGCCAAACCUGUUGGAGAAGUCGGCCGGCAAUAAGGUGACCCGAAGAGACAACCAGCACCACAAGGCGCUGGCAGAAAUUCGAGAUAGUUUAAGACCCUAUCAGAAUGUGAGCAGUGUAACCGGUGGUGGAGCGGGAGGUGGUAGCGGAGGCAGCAGUGCAGACAACAGCAGUAGUAGUGCUAGUUCAACCAGUUCACGUGCUACAAAUGAUGCUGAUAGUAGUUCUGGCAAAGUAGAGCAGAUCAUGCAGUUUGGAUUUGAUGAGGACAUUGCCGUGCGGGCCCUCCAGCUGAGUGGCAACCAGAGUGUCAAUGCAGCCCUCAGACUGCUCUUCUACAUCAUGGACGAGAAGUUGGGAUUUCCAGGCUUCCUGUACAGCCAGCUUCCACAUUUGGGCCCCAGCAGUCCGGUGACCUCCGACACCAACAGUGUACGCUCAGACAGCCCCACUCUCAGCUCCUCCUCCAAGCGACCAGUUGUAGCCAAUGGCCUGCUGACUCCACCCCCGUUACCACCACGGGCACCAAUUGCAACACAGAAUAACCGUGCUCUCCAUAGUUAUGUAACGGGCACCUUUAGUGACAGCCCAGCUAAUGGAACCAGCCAACAGCCUCUUUGUGGUCCUGGUGCUACACUGUUGCAGACCUUGAACCAGGUCAAAGGUCAGACAGCAAACGGGGCACAGGCGGGAAUGCUGGUCCAUCAGAACAACAUCAUACCUCAAGGUCACGUCCAGCAGAUGAUCCAGCGGAUGUCCCCGGGGCAAGCCUACUAUCACAUUCAGCAGAAACAGCAGUCUCAGACUCCGGCACAAAACGUUCCUAGUACCCAACCAGCUAUCAGCCUAGCCGCUGCGGUCAGUGCUCAGCAGCAGUUCAAUAGCAUGAACUCUGGCACUGCUGCUAGUUCUAGCCCCAACACACUUCUGUCCCAUCAACUACACGAUCUGGUCCUGGGAGCUCACAUACCUAGUUCAUCCUCUAGUUCUACGCCUGCUGCCUACACAACAUCUGUUUUUUCUGUACAGCCUGAAGGACAAGCACAGCUGCCACCCCCGCCCUACAGCCAGGCUUGCCUCCAGGUCACAGGUGUGAACGGUGGAUCCAGUGGAGGAGUUCCACAUCCUGCUCACAGAGAACAGCAGGAGGCCCACAGUGUUCCUCCAGUGAUGGAGGUGUCAGCGAUGCCAGCUAGUACAGAGGCAUCACAGAUGAUUCACAAGAAAAUGGUUACUCCUGCCGCAGUUGCAGCCACACGCUUGACCAUGGGCUUACACAUGCCGGUGAUUAUGCCUUCAGUUCGCAGUAAAGAAGUUACUAAACCUCUGCCCCAAACUGCUACUGCACCAUUGAUGCCACCUCAUAAUGUUAAUAUCAACGGUGGCAUUCUCUCUAAUAAUAUUCCACCAGUAAAAAGCCACAUUAACAAUAUGUCCUCUCUGCCGAAUCAGCACCAGCCCAAACAAAACCAGCAGAUGGUGGGCAGUGGACAACUGCCGCGUGGGGGUCCACCUGGGCAAGACUUUCAGAUUCCCAUCUCACAUUCCUACCAGCAGGGUCUGCAGAUUGGUCGGAAUGGAGGGAACUACACGAUGGAGCAGCUGGCAGCUCUAGCCGGGGGUCAGUCAUCAGUAGCAUCUCAACAGCAGCAGCAAAGUGCACUCUUCCACAACCACAUACAGGCCAUGAAGCUCCACAACACAGCCAUAUACCAGCAGUUUUCCCCUGAUGCUGCCUCAUCCACUUCACGCUCAGACUCCCCUGUAUCCAGAACCACAAACCAGUCGCCCAUGUCAGUUCUGUCCUCAACUUCUUCGCCAUCAACAAAUUCUGACGUCCCGGACAAGCCCCCACCUCCAUAUCCUCGCCGUGGUGUGGUUGGCAUGGGUCCCAUUUCAAACUUAAAUCCUCCUCUCCUACCCCCUCGUAUUCCACUGAAAGAUAAACCUCCACCGCCUCCCCCUCCACAUAGUGAUCAUGGACAAGCAAACCAACUUGGUGGUCCAUCACACACAUUACAUUUUCCACCUUCAAAUGGGACAGUUUUGCCUCCGUCACUGAAUUCUUCUUCCUCCUCACCAUCGUCACCUCUAACUAGCAGCUGCAACACUGUGCCUGUUUCUUUACAAAAUGGUGCCAUAUCUUUGCAUUCAAAUAUUAAUGACGCAACACAGCAGACUGAUAUCAACACAGUGAGUGCUCCAACUGGCAAAUGUUCACACUUAAUCAACCCUCAGGUGGUCAGCAACAUGCCUCAGACAGAAACAGAUGAGACUGACACAGGUCAAGGUCACAGUUCUACGUCAACUAAGUGUUCAACAUGCCUGGCGCAAGAGAAACAUCGUUGUUUAUCGCCUCUUCCAGAACGGAAGUCUGAAGCUCGUGAAAGGGACAGAUUACGCUGUGACACUAAAGUGAAGGUCUACUCUCCGCAGGCAUUCAAAUUUUACAUGGAGCAGCAUGUUGAGAAUGUUCUCAAGUCCCAUGCUCAGAGGAUGACCAGGAGACUGCAGUUGGAGAAGGAAAUGACUAAAGUGAAACUCUCAGAUGAGGCGGCGCAGCAGAUGCGGAAAAUGUUGUAUCAGAAGGAAUCUAAUUACCUCCGCUUAAAACGUGCCAAAAUGGAUUCUUCUAUGUUUGAUAAAAUUCAAACAUUGGGUGUCGGAGCAUUCGGGGAGGUGGCACUAGUCCGCAAAAAGGAUGUGGGGUCUUUGUACGCUAUGAAAACUUUAGUGAAAUCAAAUGUGAUCAAACGGAACCAGGUGGCGCACGUGAAGGCCGAGAGGGACAUCCUGGCCGAGGCUGACAAUGAGUGGGUAGUGAAACUGUACUACUCCUUCCAGGAUCGGGAUUGUCUGUAUUUUGUGAUGGAUUACGUUCCAGGUGGGGACCUCAUGGGUUUGUUGAUUCGCAAGGAGAUCCUUGAGGAGCAUUUGGCGCAGUUUUACAUUGCGGAGCUGGUCUUGGCGAUUGAAAGUGUGCAUAAGAUGGGUUUCAUCCAUCGUGAUAUUAAGCCAGACAAUAUCCUUAUUGACAAAGAUGGACACAUCAAAUUGACCGAUUUUGGUCUAUGUACAGGUUUCCGGUGGACACAUAAUUCUAAAUAUUAUCAGAAAG